UAUAUAAUUGACAUAAAUUCCAAGAACAAGAUCAUUAUAACAAUAUUACUUAAUGAUUCAUUAAUUAAAUCAUUUAUAGUUAGUGUCAUAAUAGACGUAGAGAUAAACGCAGCUAUGGACGCGAAGAUUAUUAUUUCGACAUUGCUGCUAAUCUGUGUACAUCUGUCAAAACAAUUGCCACAGAUGCAAGCCACAACACAGACAAGCGUUACCAAACCAGAAAAUGGUACAGAAGGACUAUCGUGUUUAACUGGCAAGGAAGACGAUGGCAUCUGCAUAAAGCGAAACUUCUGUGACUAUGGUACACCUGCCAUAGACUUUUCUCUUUAUUAUAAACAUGGAUAUAAAAGUGUGUGCUCGAAAGACGAAGUUUGCUGUCCUCAGCUCUCAAUAAUUCAACAUACGGAACCGAAGCAGCCUGAUGACAGUUUUAGUAAUGAGGAUGAUGAUGAUAUAUAUUAGUGUCAAAUAAUCAAAAUAAUUUUACUUUUUGAUCAAUUAUUUGUGUUGUUUUUUAAUAAUUUGCAUUAUAGUUGUUUACUAACUUACACUACAAUAAACGUAAAAUAAACUGUUCCUAAACA